AUGGAAUCAUUUGAUUGGCAACAUAGCAUUAAACCAAACUUGAAUGCCCUUAAACUUGUUGGACUUUGGCCUAAGGGUGAUUUUUACAAAUUGGACUUGUACACAUUUUAUACAUCACUGGCAGUUGUGGUAAUAGUUUGUGGUCACAAUUUGUCCCAGUUCGUCUACAUAUUACAAGUCUAUUCUGAUUUGAAAGCUCUCACAGCUACGAUAUUUGUAACUAGUAUCAAUUUUCUGGGAGCUGUAAAAAUGUACUUUUUUAUGAAGCACAUUAAAACAGUGAAGAUACUAUUUAAAAUGUUGAAAACGUAUCAAUUUAAACCGAAGAAUAUUCAACAAACUCAAAUGGUUGAACCGUUUCUGAAUCUAUGGAAAAUAUUAUACGUUGGAUACUCCAUCAACGUGUAUCUCAUUGUGGUCAUGUGGUCGCUACUUCCUGUCUUCAAUGGGUGGACUUUGCAGAAAAAAUUGCCUUUUCCAGCACGUUAUCCAUUCGAUGUUACAAAAUCGCCGUAUUAUGAAUUGGCUUACGUUUAUCAAUUUAUCUGUAUUUGGUACAUAACAAUUGCCAAUUUAAACUUGGACACAAUUAUUAUAGCGUUAAUGAUGUAUACCUCGUGUCAGUGUGAUCUUCUGUGCGACAAUUUGAAAAAUCUUUCACAGAAAAGACUUUUCGAUAAAAAAUUGAUUGAUUGUAUCAAGCAUCAUAAAUCCAUUUUAAAUUUUGCAGAAAAAAGUAAUAAUUUAUUCAAUAUGAUCGUAUUGGGUCAAAUUGCCACAAGCACUGUGGUUCUUGCUUUAACAAUGUUUCAGUUGAGUUUAGUGAGCCCCUUGAGCAGUGAGGGUUUGAAUCAUCUCUUUUACAUUGGUGGUAUUAUAAUGCAAAUACUGCUUUAUUGUUGGUUUGGAAAUGAAGUUGAAACAAGGAGCAGUAAUGUUUUGUCUGCAAUCUAUGAAUCUAGUUGGUUCGAAGCGUCUCAAAACACUAAGAAAAAUUUACUCAUUUUUUCGAUCCGAUGUCAGCGUCCAAUUAAAGUUACAGCUCUUAAAUUAUUUGCACUCUCAUUGAGGACUUUUAUAACGAUUGUUCGAUCCGGAUGGUCUUAUUUUGCAGUGUUGUACAACGUUGGUUCUAAAUAA